ACGACUGGCUGGAGGUUUGAAAGGCAGCAGUAGCCACAGGGGCAGUGGAGAGAUGGCUUUCUGUAACACCCAGGGUCCCUACCUGAGCCCGGCGCUUCCCUUUUCUACAACAAUUCAGGGGGGUCUCCAGGAGGGACUUCAGAUUACUGUCCAUGGGACCAUCCUUCACUUCAGAGACAGGUUUGUCGUGAACUUGCAGACUGGUUACAGUGAAAACAACAUCGCCUUCCACUUCAACCCCCGGUUUCAGGAGGGAGGGUUUGUGGUUUGCAACACGAAGCAGAAUGGAAGCUGGGGUCCUGAAGAGAGGAAGAUGCAAAUGCCCUUCCAGAAGGGGGUGCCCUUUGAGCUCUGCUUCCUGGUUGAGAGAUCAGGUUUCAAGGUGACAGUGAACAAGAACUUCUUUCUGCAGUACUCACACCGAGUGCCCUUCCACCUCGUGGACACCCUCUCCAUCGCUGGCCCACUGCAGCUGUCCUACGUCAGCUUCCAGAAAUUUUACACAGUCCCUGUCCAGCCUGUCUUCUCCACGGUGCAAUUCUCCCAGCCUGUCCGUUUCCCUCGGAAGCCCAAAGGGCAGAAAACGAAACCUGCAGGCAUGUGGUAUCCUAAACCGGUUCCUACUGCUCAAACUGUCAUGCACACAAUGCACUGCGCCCCUGGACAAAUGUUCCCUAAUCCUGGAAUCCCACCUAUGGUGUUCCCCAACCCAACCUAUCCGAUGCCUUACUUCACCACCAUCUGUGGUGGGCUGUACCCGUCCAAGUCCAUCAUAGUGUCGGGCACUGUGCUGCCCAGUGCUAAGAGGUUCCACAUCAACCUGUGCUCUGGGAGUGACAUCGCCUUCCACCUGAACCCCCGUUUCGAUGAGAAUGCUGUGGUCCGCAACACCCAGAUCAGGAACUCCUGGGGAUCGGAGGAGCGAAGCCUGUCCCAAAAAAUGCCCUUCAACAGGGGCCAGAAUUUCUUGGUGUGGAUCAUGUGUGAAGGCCACUGUUUCAGGGUGUCUGUGGACGGACAACACCUGUGUGAAUACUUCCACCGCCUGCAGAACCUGCCAGCCAUCAACAGCCUAGAAGUAGCAGGUGACAUCCAGCUGACCCACGUGGAGACAUAGGCUGGCUCCCUGGCCCUGGGGAUGAGGGCUGGGAUAUGCUGUCUGUGUCUCCUUGUCAACCCCCACGGCUGUGUUUCAACCCCAGUCCCUCAAAUCCUGCCAUCUGAGGAAAGCGUCAUAGCCAGGUGCUCAGUACAGGUGAAGCUCCUGUUUGCUCCCCUGGUUGCAUAUGGCUCUCAGCCACAUUCCUGACCUCUACUUAACUCCACUCUGGUCCCAACCUACCACUUGUCCACUCCAGCAGUGAGGUGACCUCCUCAGCCCCUCCCCUUUCUCUAACCUUUAAUCUUUCUCCUCUCCUUGUACCUUACUCCAAAUCCUUCACCCCCUCCAGUGGGAUGAUGACAUCCCACUGGCCAGAGCUUUCUCAACAGUGGCUCGCCCCUCCCAGUGUGCUUAAAAUCAAGAAAUAGAAGCACUUGUUGGCACAUGCAUGGGAUGACUGAUUUAUUGGAUCUGUCUGGAGUCAUUUUGGAGUCUGUGGAAUUGAGCAUCCCUGCUGAGGGGUGUGGGAGGAGACAGCACGGGCCUCUUUGGGUAGGGAUUCUGAUGUCCACAACCUGUUUUCCAUGGGUCCCUCAUAAAUCCCACGAGGGUCCUGGAGUAAGUGGGCUGCGGCUCUGGCCUCAGGUUGGUCUCUUUGAUGUAGCAAUCUUGGUGGCUGAGUGACCCCAGGAAACUGCUCCAUGCUCCCAAGAUGGGAAAAGGGUCAUCCAGAGACUGUGGUGGCCAUGGCAGGCCAGGAAUCCAGUUGCCAGGCUGCUUCCUCCAAAGCUUGUACCCAAGUGGGAGGGGAAUGGGGCCAGGAAAAGCUGCCCAGGAAGAUUUCCUGCUGUGGGUUUCCUGGUGCUGGGGAUUCAGAUGUGCAAAGGGGAUGCGGCUCCUUCAUGGCAAUUAGGACCACUGUUGCCAGACCUUCUUGUUAGUUGGUUGGUUUCAAAGAGACACUAGAAGUCUGGAUUUUUAUGUGUAAUCUCACACUUUUCAAAUGUUGGCUUAUAUUUUUAAAAACAGUAUCAGGUCAAGUAAAACAAGUUUGCAGACUGGAAUUGGCCACCCAGUUGUAGGUUUUGUCCCAGCCAUGGCUGCCCAUGGAGGCAUCUGGAUGGAUUACAAGCUGGGACACUGAGCAUGGGGGUUGGGGGGACACUUAUUCUCCUCAUUCUGUUAAGUGCUGUGCUCCAGUGACAUGCUCUGACUACGGCAGCAGACCCCCAUGCCUUCCCCAAUGCCCACAGCAGGAAGGUAGCUGUGUUAGUCAGCUUUCUGGUGCUGUGACAAAAUACCCAAGAAAACACCUUAAAGGGGGAAAGGUUUAUUUUGAGUCACUAUUUCAAAGGGUUCAACCAUGGUCACAUGGACCAAUCACUGAACUGUGUUGAGGCAAAUCAUGUGGUAGAGCAAAGUGGCUCAAUUUAUGGUGGCCUUGAGGAGAGAGAGAGAGAGAGAGAGAGAGAGAGAGAGAACACCUCCAGGGACCCACUCCCUCAUCUAGAUCCCACCUCCUAAGUGUGCAUCACCUCCCAACAACCCAUCAAUUAUGAACCCGUCAAUGGCUUCAUCCAUCCGUGAGGGCAGAGCCUUUGGGAUCUGAUUACUUCCCCCAAAGCCUCAGCUCUGAACACUGCCGUGUUGGGGACCAAGCCUUCAACAGAUGAGCCUUUGGGGGACAUUCCAGAUGCAAACUAUGACAGUGGCUAUUCAUAAGCCAAGGAGAGACGUCUCAGGAGAAAACAACCUCUGGUUGCCUUGAGUUUCAACUUCCAGCCUCCAGAACUAUGAAGUCUGUGGUGGUGUGGUGUUCAGCUCUUGCACAUUAAUGCAUAUUCCAAAGGUGGUUUUUCAACUGUGGAAGUGGGGCUUUGGGGGCACCUCCUUGGUGCAGAGGAGCUCAGAAAUUCUAGUGUCUGAUCAACAGAUUAGGAAAAAUCAGUGAAGGAGCUAGACAAGACUACUGACAGUGUCUAAGCAAUAUGGUGAUUAAGAUACAGCAAUAAAAUAUAUGCGUGGGACAGGAAAACCAGGAUAUAGAGAUCUGGAUCCAUCCAUGACAUCUACAGAAAGUAAAUGUUACGUUGAUGGAGCAGAACCAUGGUAUUGAAUAAGGUAGCAAAGGGAGACAUUUGAACUUACAGAGGAUGUGCACAAAAUGUGCCCUUUGGCCACACCUUCCCUGGUUUUAUUCUCAUUAGUGCUAUGGUUAUGAUGACUUCAAUAAAAUGAUUCUGGACCCAGACCAGUCUCUUUCUUGCAAAGACUACUCUGAAGGGUCCUGCCUAUAUUGAAGAGGGUCCUGGGAGUUAUCUGGGAGGUAUAGUUUUGAGCAGCUAGUCACAAAAUAAUGGGAACUGAACUGAACAGGAAUUGCUACUGAGACACUGUGACUGUGGGCCGUUCACUUUCUGUCUCUGAGCUUCAGUUUCCUCAUUUAAAGACAAGAGAAUUACUUACCUCUUGCCGGGUAACAAAGUAAGCCAAAACUCUGUGACCUGAAACAACCAGCAUUUAUUUUUUUCGAUUCUGUCUGGGAUGGGUUCAGCUAGGUUGCUUCUUCUGCCACCCCAACCUGGGCUCACCCAUGC